CUCUUCGCGUUGAUCAUGUUGCUGGGACUAGUCGGAAACUCGCUGGUGAUUUAUGUGAUCAGCAAACACCGGCAGAUGAGGACGGCCACCAAUUUCUACAUCGCAAAUCUGGCAACGACAGACAUCAUCUUCCUGGUAUGCUGUGUUCCAUUUACAGCCACACUUUAUCCACUGCCCAGCUGGAUAUUUGGAGACUUCAUGUGCAAAUUUGUCAACUACUUACAGCAGGUGACUGUCCAGGCGACAUGUAUCACGCUCACUGCGAUGAGCGUGGACCGUUGUUAUGCGACUGUUUACCCUCUCCGUUCACUGCGUCACCGUACUCCGAGGCUAGCGAUGGCGGUCAGUGUGCUUAUCUGGAUCGGUUCCUUCCUCUUGUCCGUUCCCAUGGCAAUGUACCACAGGUUGGAGCGGGGUUACUGGUAUGGGCUGCAGACUUAUUGCAUUGAAGCCUUUCCGACAGCAUCGCAGCAGCGAGCCUUCAUCGUCUACACGUUUCUCGCAGUCUACCUGCUUCCCUUGCUCACCAUCUGCGUGUGCUACACCAUCAUGUUGAAACGAGUGGGCCAGCCCAUGGUCGAACCCAUCGAUAACAACUAUCAGGUAAAGAGACAAGUCCCCCACCUAUCGGAGAGGUCGGUCGCUAUGAGGACCAAGGUGACCAAGAUGGUGGUGGUGAUUGUCUUGCUGUUUACCAUUUGUUGGGGGCCCAUCCAACUCUUCAUCCUCUUCCAGGGCUUUUACAUCAACUUCCAGGCCACCUAUGAGACCUACAAGAUCAAAACUUGGGCCAACUGCAUGUCAUACGCUAACUCUUUGAUCAACCCUAUCGUCUAUGCCUUCAUGGGCGAGAGUUUCAGAAAGUCCUUCAAGAAAGCUUUCCCCUUUAUGUUCAGGAAACGAGUAAGAGACAGCAGUAUUGCCAAUGGCUCCAGGAAUGCAGAAAUGAAGUUUGUCACAGAGGAGUCUUAAGGUCUUGGAAGAUGACAAUUGACUUUGACUAUCG